CAAAACUUAUGUCGGUGUUGUAGAAACGACUUUGGAGUACGUUCACGCGUUGUGACUCAAGAGAAACUUAUGGCACCCACUUUGCACCGUUGGCCAUUUUGGUUUGCUGUGCUUAUACGUUGUUGUUUUUUUCUUUUUAUAGUGACUUUCCUGUUGACGUAAUGCCUCCUAAGGUCAAGGUGGAGCCUUCCGGCGGCCACACUUCAAAGAAAAGGAAAGCCAUCACCAUGGAUGUCAAGUUAGAUGUCGUGAAGCGAUCAAAACGGGGAGAAACGCCGACGAACAUCGGCCGCGCGCUCCACUUAAGUCGCUCUACUGUCGUGACUAUCAUUAAGGCUCAAGAUCGCAUCCUGGAGCACGUGAAGGCAUCUCCGCACAUGAAAUCGACCAUAACAAGCAGGCAGAAAAGCGGGCUACUGGAGGCCAAAAAGUUCACGUGCAAGAGCCUGGCGGCUGGUUUCUUGCUGAUAGAGGAAGGCUUGGCUAAGUUCAAGGCUGAGGACGCAGACGCGGCCAGAUACGCAAGGGUCUACAAGGGGGUCAUGGAUAACCUGCGGUGCUACAACGAGAUUUGGGAGGAGGUGAAGAGUGUCUCCUUCCAGUCAAACCUCAAGCAGCUCCUCAAGAUGCUAGAGAGGCCUGCACCAGAUCCCCCACUGGAUCCUGUGCAGGAUCCUGAAAUAUCGACAUCAACUGCUUAGUUAGCUCCUGCAGCCUUGAUCUCCUACUAAAAAGUAGCGAGAACUCAAACAGAUCCUCAACUCGACCUCAUCGGCUUCUUUAACUCCUCCAGCGCCUUCUUUAGCCUGCCCGGUUUCUUCAUUAUCUCUCUCUCUCUCUCUCGCCACCGCUCCAGCAAGUUCCAGCUCUCUCCUAUCACAUACUCGCAACGUGUGUACGUGCUAACCGUCGGAGUAAAGGCCUUUUUCAACCAGGCAGCGGUAGAACUCCUGGAUGUACGUGUAAACGCACUUCCAGUCAGGCUCCUUCAUCCGGA